AUGAGUUGUCCUACAUUAUGUGAAGACCCACACUAUCCAGCGUUAUCAGCUAAAUCAUUAUCAAAGAAAUAUAUUGAAAUAUUAAAAAAUACAGUAGUAGGAGGAGCAACUGCAUCAAUAGAAGUAUUAAUAACGUCACAUUCACCAGAAGUAACACAAAAAUUUUUAAACAAAUGGAUUGGAAUAAAGAGUUGUUUAUUAACAUCAACUCCAAUGGUAGCUUCAAUUCAAUAUGAAGGGAAAUCUGAAUUACAAAUAAGAAUAUCAUCAUUAAUAGGAUAUGAAAAUGUACUUCCAAUGAGAGAAAUGCAUUUUGCAUCAAAAAAAGCAUUUUUAGUAGUAAUAUCAUCGAAUGAAGUAGAGAGUAUAAGUACAUUAAAUGAAGUUCAAGAAAUAUGUGGAAAAAUAUAUGGACAAGAAAGUCAAGAAGCUAAAAAUAUUAUUGCUAUUUUAGGAGAAGAUAAUCAUGGAGAAUGUCAAUCUAUUAGAAUGCAUUGUAAAGAACGUGGAAUUCAUGUGGCUGGUGAAAUUAAUGAAUUAUGUAAUAUUCUUGUUGAUGUUUAUAAACAAAAAAAUGUUCAAACUGAUGCUAAUGUUAAUGAUAAUAUGGAAAUUCUUGUUCUUGGAGAUUCUACUGUUGGUAAAACAACAUUAGUUUCAAGAAUUAUGAAUGAAGAAUUGUCAUAUUAUAUGCAAACAAGAAAUUUUAGUACUCGUUCAAAAAUUACUCAAGUUGGUAAAAUGUUUAAUUUAAAAAUUAUUGAUUCACCUGGAAAUAUUAAAGAAUUAGCUGGUUUUGAUUCUGAAAGAGGAAAUACACCAAUUAUAACUGCAACUGUUGAAAAAACACUUUCGUUAUUAAAAACAAAAAAUCUUCUUGAUAUUAGUGUUGUUUAUAUUGUUUUUGAUAUUUCUAAUAUUGAUAGUUAUAAUUACGCUUUAGAAUUAUUAAAAAAAUUUAGUGCUGUUUCUUCUAAAACUAAAAUUGUUGUUUUUGGUAAUAAACAAGAUGUUGCUAUUGAAUUUGGUGUUGAAUUUUCUACAUCUGAAAUUGAACAAAAAGCUGAUAUGUUUUAUAUUACUUCUUUUACUACUAUCUCAGACGCUGAAUUACAAAAAAUUGUUUCAAAAACUAUUAAAUUCGCUCGUCCAACUGAAUGUCUUCCUAAAGUACUUCCAUUCCCUGGACAUAUUGAAACUAAAGGUAUUGUUCAAUUCGGAGAGAAAAAAACUCAUAAAUUGUUUUUAAAAAUAAAAAAUGGUGUUUUACAUUAUGCUGAUUCAGAAAAAGAAUUGGAUAAAAAAGGAAAAUGUUUAUCUUUAAAAGGUAUUAGCAUUGAUGAAGUUCCUGUAGAACAACCAAAAAAAGGAAAAGAAAUUAAAGAAGCUAUUUUAGAUAUCACUUUUGGUGAUGAUAAAUAUCAACUUAAAACUAAAACUGUAGAUGAAAGAACAGAAUGGAAAAAUGCUUUACUUAAUUCAAAAAUUAUGUGCGAUAUUCUUGAUGGAUCAAAAAGACAAAUUUUAGAAGAAUUAGUCGUUGUUACUGCUUCUUCUAUGACAAGUCAAAUGCAACGACAAGCUGAGGAGGUUACUCACAUGAAAGAUAAAACUUAUGACUUCAAUAAGAAUCCAAAUACUACUGGAAUGGUUUAUACUCCUCACACUGAUGAACCAAUGGAUAGUAAGGGUAAAAAAGAUAAGAAAGAUAAAAAGAAGAAAUAA